UACUUUAGUAUACUUCUUCAAUGGCGAAGGAUUCAGUUACUGUGUUGAACUUUCGGCGUCUUUGUUGCAUCGUCUUGGUGUUCUGUGCGUGGUCAUUUAUCUCAUUCAUUUACUGGUGCCAUUACUAUGGUCCAGGCUACUCUCUAUACCAAAAAAUGGAGCUGAAGCAAAACCAAAUCAAUGACCUCCUUGCAUUCCCUUCUGCAUGGAAUCAGCUUGCUUUUUCCUCAAAACCGCCUCCGAAGCUUCUUAAAAUUGCUCUGUUUGUCAAGAAAUGGCCUCAUAGAUCUCAAGCAGGAGGGCUUGAAAGGCAUGCCUUGACCCUCCACCUUGCACUUGCCAAAAGGGGUCAUGAGCUUCACAUCUUUACCACUUCUUCAAAUUCCUCCUUCCCAAGGUACCCGAUAAGCAAUUUGUAUUUUCACCUCUCAAAACCAACUGCUGCUGGGUAUCUGGACCAAGCUCUGGUUUGGAAGCUGUUUCAAACUCAAAACUCAACAGGAAGGCCUUUUGAUGUGAUCCACACUGAAAGUGUCGGCCUCUUGCAUACUCGAUCACGUAACCAGACAAACCUGGCUGUUACUUGGCAUGGGAUUGCAUAUGAGACUAUCCAUUCUGACGUCAUACAAGAACUUUUGCGCAGCCCUGAAGAACCACAGGGAUCUGCAUUGACUGAAAGAACUAUGAAGGUUAUUGAAGAGGUGAGGUUUUUCCCCAGUUAUGCUCACCAUGUUGCUACCAGUGACCAUGUUGGAGAUGUACUCAAGAGGAUUUACAUGCUCCCGGAUGAUCGUGUUCACAUUAUUCUUAACGGUGUCGAUGAGGAUAUUUUCAAGCCAGACAUUGCCAAGGGGAAUGACUUUAAGAAAAAAUUUGGGGUACCUGAAUCCAGGACACUGGUUUUGGGAAUGGCUGGAAGGUUGGUAAAGGAUAAAGGGCACCCCUUGAUGUUUGAGGCUUUGAAACAAAUGCUCAAGGAAAAUGAAGCAUUUCGGCAAAGUAUUGUGGUUCUGGUUGCUGGUAAUGGUCCUUGGGGUGCUAGGUACAGAGAUCUUGGAACUAAUGUACUUGUUUUGGGGCCACUGGAACAAGCUCAGCUUGCUGAGUUCUAUAACGCAGUCGAUAUUUUUGUGAACCCGACUCUACGCGCUCAGGGAUUGGAUCAUACUUUGUUAGAAGCAAUGCUCUCCGGGAAGCCAGUAAUGGCAACAAGGCUUGCCAGCAUUACAGGUUCUGUGGUUGUUGGCACAGAAGUGGGAUAUACAUUUUCACCAACAAUAACUACACUAAAGACGACCCUCUAUAGAGUUUGGAAAGAUGGCAGAGGAGACUUAAAGCAGAAAGGCCAGGCAGCAAGGCAGAGAGGUUUGCAAUUGUUCACUGCUACCAAAAUGGCUGCUGCUUAUGAAAGGCUUUUCCUUUGCAUAUCCAAUGAUGAGAACAGAGGGGAGAACUAUUGUCAAUAUCAGAUUCCAUGACACUAACUUAAUUAGCAGAUCAUUCAUAUAUCUCUAGUCCCCAAGGAUGAUUAUGGUAUCAGACUACAACAUUGUGAAAGUUCAGAGAACCAGCUAGUGUAGAAAAAUUUUCUUGAAGAUGAACUAGAGCCUUGUCACCGGAUUUUCGGCGUUAGAGUCAAGCUGUUCUUGGGCUGAAGAUCCAAUCUGUAUUGAAGCUGUAAGUAUCUUUGACAAUUUCCAUAUGCAUUAAAUUGGCUGAUUGGCCAAGGAUAGCUACUGUGCAGGUUCUUUAUGACAUUUUUUUUGUUCUCUGCUCAAAUUCCAUGUAUCCUCUUACUCUCUUGAAGGAAAAAAAAAGUUUGAGUUUUGCUUGACCAGCAACUACGAAAACUUCUAAUCUAAUGGAGAUGCAAUUAGUCUUCAAGGGUAGCAUUUCUUAGCAAAACACCAUAAUCCCUAAACCCAUCAUAAUGAGAAAACACAUUGCACAAGAAACCAGAGUCACGUCAAGCAUAUAUGUUCAUAAUAGAAGAGCAAGAAGCUCAUACCAUUAGCCUGCACGACAUCGCAGGCUUUAAUUUAACAGGAAAAAAAAAAAAAAAAAAACUUUUAAA